ACUCUAGACCAUCGAGGAUUCCAGACUUAUUUUUGGUUCCGCCGUCCACGCCGUUGUUUUCUUUGGGUUCCUCGCGCACUCCACCCACUGGUCGGCCGGUUCCACGCUUCAAAAGCUUUUUUGCCUUUUUCCCUUUUUUCUCCGGCUACCCCCUUGUCCUUCUCCAGUUUUUCUCUCCUCUUGACGUUUUUCGUUCCGUUUGUGCCUGGUGGCUGUUCUUGUGUCUCGUGGAUCUGCAUCUUCCCUCUUCCCUCUCUGUUCAUAUCUUCCCUCCCGUACAUACUUUACUUCAUACUGCACAUACCCGAUAGAGAUCCCGGUCCUUGCAGCAGGCUGCUUGGACUAUUCAAAUGUCCGAACCACACCGGGAAGGUGCCUCCUAUGAGCUGCUAGAUCGCGAGAACAGCUUCGAGGGUCACGAUGCGGUAGCUCACAAUCCCAGCCCCCAGACCACCCCCAAUUCUCCUACCUUCCCUGAAGAGGGGACCUCUGCACCACCUCCCAGCGACACUCCGCACGAGACGUCAACGACGAGGCCGACUCGAGUCCGAUUCCGCUCAGUGAGCAAUCAUGGCGAGAGUGCACCGCAGCGGCCGCCUAUGCCCCGAGCAGACUCCGAUUAUUCCGUCCGCUCGCUUCAAUCCGUCCAUUCUAUGAUGCCCACAUCAGAAUCCGCCGAUCUUACCGAGUACUUCCCCGGCGAUGGAGAGCCUGGACCCGAGAUCGAAGCAGGCGUCGAGCAAUCGGCACACCGACGCGCCUCCCCACCUACCGACGGCGACACUACCAAGUCUUCCAUCGAGAAGGAGGAGCAACCCGCGCAUCCGAUGUCCGCUCGAGACCGCUGGAAGCACGCCAGCAAACUGCUUCGUCAGAAGACCGUCAACCUGGGUGAACGCUUGGGUAGACCCUCGGACGACGACGGUGGUGACCUCGGCGCCGCCAUGCUACCCGAUGAUUUGGAGAGAGGACUUGGACCAGCACCGCCGCGCCGUGGAGAAGAGGAAAAGGAUCCGUUUGAUAUUCACAACCGCGAUCGCGACGAAACACCGCCGCCACCCAGCGCAGAGGCCCAUAGACUGGUGCGCAGCAUGACCCAGCAUCACUUGCGCAACCGCAAACCUAAGUCUGCUUACGCACGCUCCGGAACCAGCACGCCCGAUGAAUCGAGUCGACCGGACUCCUGGUAUGGGGGUGCCACCCCGCCCCGCCCUGGUGCGGGCGGCGGUGGUAUUCUCUCGCAGUUGCUGAAGCUCCAUGCCGCGCAGGCGAAAGAUAACAUGUCCGUCACGGACUCGUCCGACAACGAAUCGGUGGCCUCGUCGGGGACCGCUACCCCGCGCCGGGACUUUUCGUCAGGGACGGCGACUCCCAAGAAGGAGAAGCUGAAAUGGUACAAGAAAUCGAAUCAUCACUCCACCGCCUCGCUGGUGUCCGCAUCGAUGAACCUCAGUCGGGCGAGUCUGCCGGCGUCUGCCGAUACGCUGGUGAUGCUGCCGCAACCACCGAAGAAGGGGAAGAAGAAGUCGCGCAAAACUCGGCUGGAGGACGAAAUCCGCGUCACCGUGCAUAUCGCCGAAAUCCUGGCCCGGCAGCGUUACAUCAUGCAGCUGUGCCGGGCGCUAAUGCGGUACGGCGCCCCCACCCACCGUCUCGAGGAGUACAUGCAAAUGACGGCCCGAGUCCUGGAAGUCGAAGGUCAGUUCUUGUAUCUGCCGGGAUGUAUGAUCAUGUCCUUUGACGAUCCGACCACCCGCACCGCCGAGGUCAAGUUGGUCCGAGUCGUGCAGGGGGUGGACCUGGGCCGGUUGGCGGAAACGCACAACGUGUACAAGAAUGUCGUCCAUGAUCUUAUUGGCGUGGAGGAGGCGAUUCAGGAAUUGGAUUUCAUUAUGAAGCGACCUCCCCGGUUCAACAAGUGGAUUCUCGUGCUGGCCUACGGGUUGGCCAGCUGUGCGGUCGGUCCAUUCGCCUUCGAAGCCCGCCCGAUCGACAUGCCCAUCAUCUUCUUCCUGGGCAGCCUCGUCGGACUCAUGCAGCACGUCCUGGCCCCGCGCUCCGUUCUGUACUCCAACGUGUUCGAGGUCACCGCCGCCAUCCUGACCUCCUUCCUUGCCCGCGCCUUCGGGUCCAUUCACCGCGGCAAGAAUGCCGACGGCUCUCUGAAUUACAUCUUCUGCUUCUCCGCGCUGGCGCAGUCUUCCAUCGCUCUCAUCCUCCCAGGAUUUAUGGUUCUCUGCAGUAGUUUGGAACUGCAGUCCCACCAGAUGAUCGCCGGCUCCAUCCGCAUGGUCUACUCGAUCAUCUACUCGCUGUUCCUCGGCUACGGUAUCACGGUCGGAACGACCAUUUACGGACUGAUCGACGGUGCGGCCAGCUCGACGACCACGUGCCCGAACCAGGAUGUCUACGGCAGCAAGUACACGCAGCACUUUGUCUUCGUCCCGAUCUACGUCAUCUUCCUCGCUAUCAUCAACCAGGGCAAGUGGAAGCAGGUGCCGGUCAUGAUCGUCAUCGCCACCUGCGGCUACGUGACCAAUUACUUCAGCACGCUUAAACUCGGCUCCAGCUCGGAGGUCGCCAACACCGUCGGCGCCUUCACGAUCGGUCUGCUGGGCAACCUGUACAGUCGCCUGUGGCACGGCCACGCCGCCACGGCCAUCCUGCCCGGUAUCUUCGUGCUGGUGCCCUCCGGCCUCGCCUCCUCGGGUUCCUUGCUGUCAGGUAUCGAAUACGCCGACGAGGUGCGCGAAAACCUAAAGAACGGGACCAGCGCCAGCAGCACGACCUCGGACGCCAGUAUCUCCAGCCUUGGUUUCGGUAUGAUCCAGGUGGCGAUCGGUAUUACGGUGGGAUUAUUUGUGUCUGCCUUGAUUGUGUACCCCUUCGGCAAGCGUCGGAGUGGAUUGUUCAGUUUCUAAAAAAUCGCACCUUGCGUGCCUCUCUAUACCCCCUCUUUGUCCUGUUUCCUUCUCCGUCAGUCUCCAGUAUUGUUUCUUGUCUCGUACAAAGUCUGAUCAAUCCCCCUCAUCAUUCUUGUAUUUAUGUGGCCC